GCAGUGACAUUGUGAACGAAAAAACGUUUCUUUGCAGCUGAGUGGAGUUUUGUCCGCUAGCUCUGUCAUAAUGGAGCCUUUAUUGUUUAAGAUUUAUAUAUUUCUAUAGAUACUAUUCUGAAAAUGUUAUUGAUUUUUGAGAAAGCCGAAGAUAUGCUAUGAAGCUAACACGGAAAUUGGUCCUUGCUAAGGCUAAGGCCUCCGACUUGGAAAGUGUGAAGAAACUAAACUGCUGGGGGUGUAACCUGACUGACAUUUCUAUCUUCUCUCAGAUGCCUAACAUUGAGGUGCUAACACUAAGUGUCAACAACAUCACAUCUCUGUCUCCCCUGGCUGGCUGUUUAUCUCUGAGUGAGCUCUACCUGAGGAGGAACAUGAUUCCUUCUCUCUCCGAGUUGCGGUGUCUGUGUCCGCUCACACGUCUCCGGGUGCUCUGGUUGGCUGAAAACCCCUGCUGUGGAAGUGACCCAAGCAAGUAUCGCCUGACUGUGCUGCGCUGCCUGCCUCGCCUCCACAAACUCGACAAUCAGGUGGUGACUGAGGAUGAAGUCGCACUCGCUCUCAUGGAAGGUGAAGAGGUCAGCACACCCCCAGGUAGCAUCCAGAACCAGCUUUCAAACAACGGCCCUACAGAUGCUGAGACAGAGAACGAUGCGCUCAGCUACAACAUGGAGGAGACCAACAAAAUCAGAGAAGAGCUGGGAAUGAAGCCACUCUCCAGAGAGAAGUUUUCUUCUCUUUCUUCUCCUACCUUGGAGAGACAAACAAUGAGAAAGACUCACAUCCUUGAUGCAGUUUUGCUUCUGUUGAGGGACCUGGAUGAAGAUGAGCUUCAUAUUGUUCACACGGCCGCGCAGAACAGGCUGCACACGUUCACGCUGGACUCAGGAGACGGUCAAAGACCUUCAGCUCAGAGAACCACUGACAUUCAGCACUAAUCUUAUAGCAAAGAACCAUCAGAACCCCC